CAUGCAUCAAACGGAAUGCAAAAAUAUUGCGUUUAGCGCUCCUUUGAAAUAGUUGACUUUCUCUCGACUUCAAUCACCAAAGAGCAUCCAAAAUGGCGCUGCAAGGGAUUUAUUUCAGUUCGCCCAAGGUACAAAAGCAGUACAACAAAGGUAAUUAUGUUCGUGUGAUGCAAAGACCUCGCACUGCAGGAAUUCGGAUUCUGGUGUUUACAGUUCCCAUAAGGAACACGGAUUUCCUAUCCUACGUUAUUUGCGUUUACUAGUCUUUUAAGCCUCAGACAACGCGGACGCAGUAUUCCAAUUUUACCCUAGACAUUGUCUUUGGCUGUCUCAUCUACAGAAGCGUUCAGAAUUGUGUGUAUUAAGUACAUAUUCUUUGAAACUCGCGUGAACUGCUUUGAAUAUCAAUUGUGUGUGGUCUUGAUCUGACAAUCCAUUUGAGUCUAAUGAUCGUUUGCUACAACAGAGCUGGCUAUAAAUUUAAACCCAGUUUUCUGGCUUUUUCAUAAGACAGCAGUUUUAUACUCGUUACAAAAAUUGAGGGCAACAUUUUAUCUUCAAGAGCAGUAUUCCAGAUCAAAGCGAGAUGAUCAGUUGAAAUCAUGAUGAUUUCUCGUUUCGCCAGACACUUAAUGUUGAGGGCUUCUGAGUUAAUAAUUUCUGAAGUGUUAUUAGGUGUAAAGCCAUUCACAGGUUUUAUGAACGUUCAAAUUGCUUUCGAGUCUCAGACCGAUCAAAUCCGUUUCUAUUUACUAAUGCCCGAUCGUUGUUUCACGCCAACUAUAAACAAAAGAUAAUGAACUGCUGUCACUGUUUCUACGACAAACUCACUCCUGCGUAUUUCCGGUCUGUGUGCAUAAUUUAAACAAUGGUUAGCACCUAAAAGAUCAUCUUAAAACUGCAGAAAAGCUAUUAAACACGCGACAACUGUUAGGAGAAAUUAUAUUUUCCAAAGCUAUUCAACUGGAAACUUUGACCUUUAAAGAACUGAAAAUAAGUUGGCUUAACGGUGCACGACGAUAAUUAAAUCAGAUAUCAUUGAAAGCAUCACUAAGCAGUAAAAAACAAAUGUAAUAUGCGUGUUUUUAGCCGAUAAUUGUCCAUUAACUAAUGACUAGGAUAUUUGUCAUCAAACUGGUAUCAGUUCUUGUCCGCACUUCGUAGGAGACCCAGGAAUACAUAAACUUGUAGAUACAAAGGUAAAUAAUACAAGUUUUCUAGUUGUUGAUCAAAGUUUCAUCAGACCGUGCUAAAAACAUCCCGUAAGCGAUAUCAACUGACGUCAUAAAAUCCUUCAAAGCAACAAAGGAAUUAGCACUGUGAAUAACUUAACUGAUUAUGAGUGUAUGGGGUUUACACACCACAAAACUAAAAGAUCACAGAAAAUAUAUAACUGUGAACGAAUUGAUCACGCGAAAAUCUAUAGUUUAAGAGGUUUUUUUUUCCUUCACUUGUAUUACAAAUGCGGGGAAAUUAUUCUCGCGCGCUCUGCCAUGAUAGCUUACAAUAAUUUCGACACUAGCCUUUUGCAAGAACAAAAAGUGAUACGCUAUGCACAGCCCAUUGUUUCACUGAAAUUCUAACCAUAUUUUGACCCUUUGUGAUCCGUGUCUGUAUCCACUUGAUGACAGGCAAGAAUCAACCAAAAUGCGUAUAUACUUUAGCUUAUCAUAUAAAUAGCAAAUAGAUUCCACUUUGUCGUGGGUCUGUUUAAUAGAAGAUCACAGUUGACGUCAAAACUAAAAGUGGUAAAAACGAAAAAGUGGCUCACGAGGUGCAGCUGAGUGUAUCACUAAAGUUCCUAACAAAUUCUGAAGUCUUCUUUGAUUCAUAACUGUGCAGAUCAACGGCAAAAUUGAAUCUAAUUGGAUUUUUACGAUUAAAAAAAAAGCCGAAUGUUGUUAAAGGCAGUCAUCUAAACGUCUGUCCUUCAAUAGAUCAUGAGCAAGAACCGCGGAAAAUGCGUGAAUGUUACACCUCAAGAGAUUAUAAAUUGAGCUCAGUUUGUAUUCUCGUGUACACCUUGAUAUAGAUUGUGUCAUAGACCAACUUUAAGCUAAUCAAAUGGGGAACACUUGUCGAUAAGGGCGGCCUGGUGAUUGAGCAGCUGCCGCGCGGGUAUGAUUUUAUAUCAAGGAGUAACUAAGUUUUCCUUUCCAACUGAUAUCCGUCAGAUUUUUUCAUUACUAUAAAUGACAAAGAGCGGUUAAAAGUCGAAUGUUUCUAUAUUGCAGGUCGGCGCAAGUCAAAAAUCACUCCAAAUCAUUAUGUAAUAGUUGUUAAACUGAAUUCCCAUGCAAAACGUGGGCUCAUUCUAAAGAUGCUUCCGAAUCGAUACUCAAAUUCUUUCCCAAAUAUGUUCUAAAACUUCCUACAACUCGAAUUGCACUUCUAUGCUGCGUUCCCAAUUCUCCUGCAAACUGUUUGACAAAAAUUCACGAAAUAAGUCACAGCCGAAAGCCUUUCUUUCAAAAGAGUGCGCUCAGCGAGCACUCUUGCUGAUAAAAGUUCGCCGCCGUCUUGGAUUUCUAAUUCAGCUUCUCUCCACGAAGUGAACGAUGGAUAUGCGAAAAGUACGUGCUGGGGUUAUGAUGAUCGGCUUGCUAAUAAUUUUUUUAUUCCCCCUUAGCCACUAAAAAUCCUACGGGAAUUAUGAAUGAUGCUUACGACCAGCCAGGAAGACGACAAACCCAUUCGUUCGAAGAGAGUUACUCUUCCGUUCACGAUCACAGACCUUCGGCCGCGUACGUAUAUCAAGAGAAUGGGCCGAGUAAGCCCCAUCUGCCUUCAAGUUCAAGCACACUCGGGUUUCUUCCUCCCAAGAAGCGGAAGCGCGAGAAUCCGUGCGGUAUAAAGUGUAUUCUGAUCACACUGUUGGUGCUUUUUAUCAUUCUGUUCCUGGUGAUGAUAGUUUUAUAUUUUACGAGGGAUUCCUCGAGUGAAAAAGUUGACGGAAAGAGCGCAACAGAGUCUGAAGCGGUAAAUACGUUAACGAUAAAUGGUAAAAUGGUAAAUUAUGAAACUAGAACGUAAGAUUGUCCCAUCCUAAAGUGCAAACGUUACAAGGAUAUUCGUCCAAUAAUAAUUAGCCGGCCGGUUAAAGUGAAGGCAAACCCAGUUUGCAGGUCUGGCCAUCCUGUCGAAACUUAUCCCAAUUUCAAUUUUGUUAGAGUGAAUAAGAGAACCAUUAUUUCCCCCAAGACGGAUGACAAGGAAAUUGUAAGGUUAACACACCCUUAGCUGCUAGCAUUUCAUUUGAUCUAAGAGUUUACCAUGACCUAUGCGUACCCCUGGGUAGAGAGGAGAACCGAGAGAGUACAGAGUCUUCGAGCACUUUUCACUGGAGUCUAAUUAAACCAAAACGAAAGUAAUCACGGCGGCCAAACUGCCAGAAACGCGGGAAAAUGCGAGUGGAUCAAGGCGCGAUUGGUUUUAGAAUUUGGUUGGUUGUAUGAAUGGCGCGAUUUUUUCUGGACCAAUCACAGAUAAGACUAAGGCAAAACCAAUGUAAUCGUGGGUUAUUUUUGACACUCAAAUGAAACUUUUAAAAGUUACGUAGAGCCCUAGGCUAGUCCUUUUACUUCAAGCUACCCCCCCCCUCAAGAUAAACCCCCCUAUAGUCCUUUAUAAGAAUUAAUCCCCUUCUCCUCCUCCCCCCCCCCCACCCAUCGCCAGGUUGUUCUCCCUUUCAAAUAUGAUGGACCGUUUCAGUCUUGUUUUGUAAGGAGUUAUUGUCUUAUUUCAGAAACAAACUCCAUCUCCCCCAUGCUUCUCAAUUCCAAAACCUGUGCCAUUUACAGCGCUACCUGAAAGUCUUAAAACCAAACUAAAAGAGCUGGAAGCUUUGAUCAAUAAGCACGUCGAAGAAGGAGGACCGGUAAGUAUCUCAUGUUUUGUUUACUUUCUUGAUGAAUUGAUUUUUUCACUUACAUUCGCCAAAUGCAGCAUAUGCUUUGAAUAGUGAGAUCAUUGAGAUACAGUGCAAUUUACUGCUAUGAAAUAUUCGCUGUUGCCCUCUUUCACCGUUUCAGAUGGCUGUAACAGGCAAUAUCGUUUACAUGAACAAAGUGAUCUGGAAAAGAGAGAAUGGUGUAAUGAAUGAUUCUGAGACACCUAAAAGAAUACCUUCAGCCACUACUGUAUUCCCCUUGGCAAGUGUUUCAAAGGUGUUGACGGUAAGAAAAUCCAAGUUUCUAGUAAAUUUAUUAUCCUCAUAAUCGAACCCCACAUUUGUAAUUAAAGCACAAGUCUGCUCUGGCGUUCUCGUGUGGUGUAGGAGAUAAAGUUGUCACAAGAAGCUUGAGGAAGCUUUAAUUAUUGGCUUAUUUUUGAAAGUAGGUUUACUGCCUUCACGAUGAAGAGAAUCUUCCUGUCUCAAAGUGAGAAUUUUUGUACAUUGCCACUGACUUAGCUUGGUCGUAAUUAGAGAUAUACCUAGAAAAAGGCAAUUUCCUACAUUUCAUGCACUUGUUACUUGAACUUCGGAGAAAUGAACAGUUCUUACCCUUUCCGUUUGCGAUCUGAAAAUUGUUGAUGAUCAAAAAAACUUCAGAUCUUUGCUACCCGCCUUUAGGAGGAUUAGGAAGGAGACCGCUAAUACCUCAGAAAAUUCAAGCUUUUAUGUCUAAAAAAAAAAUUCCUUCCAAGCGUAGAGUUUUACACUAAAGGCCACGAACGAACGAGCAGGGUUAUUGAAAAAUUUGCCGCUUUUCGACACUGCAGGUAUUGAUGUUGUUUAAGCUACACAAUGACGGUUUUGUCAAAUCAUUGGACGACCCUGUCACCAGUUAUCAAAGUGAUUUUUCUGUAAAAAAUCCUUUUGGGAACGACCCAAUUACGUUAAGGUAAGACUUACUUUUAAUCUCUUUCGAAUCAAGGAAAAUAUUCCUCUUCAUUUCAUUCUUUUCUAGAAUCAUGUCAAGAGAUCUAUCUUCAAUGUAAAUAGUGCGUACGCAUUCACACAAAACGAUAGAUUAGUGUAGCACCUCCCCCACUCCGAAACCACGCCUUCCCCACCCUUACACCAUCACAAAGUAAUUUCACACGUUCCUUCUUGGUUUUGUCUCAUUUGUUAGACAGCUGGCGUCUCAUCGUUCCGGUCUUCCUAGGGAGGCACCCUGUUACCCGGAGACAAGAUCAAACCUCUGUCCUUAUCGUCACGAUCAGAUGAUACAGCGGCUUAGAAAUGUGACCCUUUUACGGGCGCCUGGUACAGAGCCGCAUUACAGGUUUUUUUUCAUUUUAUUUUAAACUCAUCAUCAAUGAACUGUUAUGACAGUGUCCCAAGAAUCGUAUUCCAAAAUUGCGAUUUUCCCAUGGUUAAUUAAUGUUAGUAGGCCCUUAUUUCCUCGACUGAUUCUUCAUAGUUGAAAAUAAUUGUUAGCUUGAAACGGGGCAACGGAAUAGAUUAACAUUAAAGAGUGUGAAAUUCAGAGUUCGCUCUUCCGAAGUCACCAAUUCUGUCAAAGCUCUAAAGUACCUAAGCGUUUCCGAGUUGUCCGCAUGUAGGCUUUAAGAUCAUAGGCAAAGCAAGUAAAUAUUGUUUGGAAGGCAUAUCAUUUUUCACACGCUUUUCAAAAGCUUUUCAUAGCUUUACAAAUGCUAGCUCAUGUUAUGCUUUUAAUUGCAAAUUUCAAAAGCAUAUGAAUGUUCAUGAGAAAUAAGAUUGAAAUCGUAUGAAGACCUUGUACCUGUGAUCUGUCCCUUGUUUAGUAACCUCGGCAUAGCGCUGCUCGGUCGGGUCCUGGGCGAGAGAUUUGGAAAUGGGGCUGGUUAUGAAGGAUGGAUAAAGAGCAAUUUAUUUGACACCUUUGAAAUGACUGACACAUCUUUCGUCUUGGACGACAGGUAAAUACUGGGCGUGUUUUUAUUACUUUAGCCUAUGGUUUUAAUUUGAGAGAGGAAUAACGCAAUCAAGCAAGUUCUGGAACCCACAAAGCGAUAGGAGUCAAGGACUCAAGGUCGCCACAGGAACUUGAGCUGCAGGGAGCAUCUUCCUUUCUAUAAAACGCACGUAAAUUCCUUUUUUAAAUUUAUUUCUUUAACUUUCAGUAUGAAGAAACGUAUUCCAGUUGGUUAUUUCAGCCAAACAGAAUUCUCUAAUGUCAAAAAAUGGGGAUGGCUAAAUCCAAGCGGAGGAGUCUAUUCAACUGUAACUGACUUUGCAAAGGUAAAACGUUGCUUCAAGAUGCGUUAAUCGUUGUCUUUACGCGAGCCGGUUUCUUUUCACCGCGACUGCCUUUCUCCCAUAAAGUGUCUAUUAUUUCUUAACUUAUCUCCAGGCGCAAGGGUAAAAAUUAAAACCAGAUUUAGCCAAAGCUAAAAGCGAAGAAGGUUAAUUUUUCUUCACACUCAUUUCGUGCACAUCUGAUCGUCCACGUGCACCUUCCCAUCUUGCACCUCGGUGUUGCGCAUGCGAAAUACAGUUUUAAUUACGAACAUCGGGAUAUAAAUAUUUAGGGAAGUAAAUCUGCUAAAUUUUCCAUGCCUGAUAAGUUACUGUAUUUUCUUAAGUAUGGAGUUUCUCUACCUAAUUAGCUAAUUAGCUGCGCCAAUUAUUCAAGUCAUCAUGCUGUAUAAAAUAGCUUAAUUGUGUGGUUAUUGUCGUUGGUUUUUAAAUUCCAGUUAGAGGCGGCUCUAUUUGACUCCAACAACUACAUCUCUAACGCUCUUGCGGACGACUUCUUUAGGCCAGGUGAGUUUAUUUUCCCUUCGUUAUCGAGAGCAGACUAUAAUGGUUAGUCCACCACUUCUCCUACUAAUUCAGUUGCAAUAUCUUAUUUCCUCCCCAUUUCAUUGAAGGAUACAUUCUUGGUGACGGAAAGAAUGUCGUUGGGACACCUUGGGAGAUUACAAUCUUUCAUGAUUUACUCGUCAGAAGGAAAGUCGGUGACGUGUUCGGAUACCACGCGGUAAUCCAACUUCUGCCAGAGUUAAAACUGGGUGAGAACAAUUAUAAUUCGGCUUGCAGCAGCCUAUGAGAAUGCCCUCAUCAUUGCAUUUUUGCAAGGGCCUUGUCAAUGAUAAUGAAUAACUCGUGCCAGACCCCUUAGCAGACUACUUCCUGGCUCGCCUCAACUUUCUCGCGGGUGAGGAGAAGCUCGUCCUGCAGCGCUAGUAGGGACCUUUAGCAAACCACGACGACGACAGCAACGAAGACGUGGCAAAAUAAAAGAUUUACUGUGCAAAACAAUAUAGCUCAGUGCGUUUUAAAACUGUGUACAUUUCUUAGUCGUCCUCUGCAAAUUAACAACGUGAAAUCAUCAAACUUUGCGUGGUCCGAGAAAGGAAACCCCGACGGCAAAUUAUUCAAGUUUCCAUUUAGAACUCAACGCCGCUCUCAUACGUUAUGCUGAUGUUAACUUGCGGCGCCGUAAGAGAUAGUAAACACAUCCAGUAAUUCGCGAGAUUCCAACUAAAAAUAUAUAUUAACUUUUUUAUCGACGUCUUUCUUGGCGUUGCCGUCCUAAAUGAUAAAGGUCCCUAAUAAUAAGACAGUGCUCGUAAGCGACGCGGUCUGGGACCAGAGUUCUCUUCGCACUCAAUGUUAAAAUCACUUGGUUUGAAUUUUUCAAAUCUCAGCUUUUUCUACGCCUCUGCUCAGUUUAGACGAACCCCAUCGAAGUUUAGUUACGUUUAAGGUAAAAAAAAAAUUGACCAUCAUUUUCUUUAUUUUCAGCUUUCAACUUAUUUUGCACACAUUGUGAACCACUGCGGACUCAAUUUACCGAACAAUUUAACACGAAUUUCAUCCCUGCUCUUAAAGAAGUCCUCUUAAAAGAAACGGAAAAGGUAAUUGUUUCCAAUUUAAGUUACUGACUACGCCAAGUUUUCUUUUUUAGAGCAAUUUUUAAUUGAGUGGUGGAAAUAGUCCAUGAUUGCUAUGGAUUUGCUGUACUUAGUUUUCUGAUUGGUCGAGAAAACUCGUGCCAAUCUCUCAACCGAUCAAACCUCGGUCACUCGCAUUUUCCCGCGGUUGAGGUGGUUUCCUCGUUUCAACUUCUAAUUCUGAUUGGUUCAUUAUGAUAUUUUCCUUUGAUGUUAUUAUCUUAGUGAGCGACCAUUUUAGAAGCGCGCGUGGAAGCAGGAGAGCAUGAUUUCCCUCGCGCGACCCUAUUUACGCAUAAUCGCUCAUGUGUCCUCUCACUCUCACAAUCUGUCAAGCUUCUGAAUGAGGGCUGAUGCUAGGGCUAUACUAAGAAAGAGCGAUGUAAGUAACCAAUGUCAAGCAGUCUGUCGCUUAGUAGUGAACUUCACUUUCUUUUAUUCAAUUCAGAAAAUAGUACUUCCUCCAGAUACCAAACCAUUUAUUGGAGUGUACACAGUCGAGGGGCUCGCUUACUUGCGAUUUCUUGAGGUCAAAUUGGUAAAGGGGCAGCUACUUAUAUCUUAUAAUGGCCAUUUUGAUGUAUUUGUCUUGAACUACACAAAGCCGUUAACAUUCACAAUAAUUUUCCCGCCAUCUCUUCCAUGCGUCAACAAAUUUAUCUUUGGAGUUGAAAACGACCUCGUUGUCUUCGACAGCCCGUCAAAUGUGGAUGGUCUUUGCGAUAAGUUUACCAUGUACAGUGCAUCUCCCAGCGGUAAAACGUUCUUCUACAGAGCGAGAGACUAGACCAGGAGUAGAACAUCUUAAGAUGCCUUGGCCGCGCCAUUGUUGCUCCGACAUGGAAGAGCAUUGCAUAAAUACUUUCUUGAGACAAUUCCUUCCAGGCUUCUGCAUAGCCCUUUUUUUUUUACAGCUAUAGUUAUGCUGCGUUAGGACCUAGGGAGAGAAAAGUGCUCAAAGCUCUUCUCAAUAUAUAUUAUUAUACAAAUUUGAAGCGCUUUCUCUUUUAAUUUACCCGCAAAAGUUCUAUUGGAAAUGUUACCCACCUUCUAAAGUAAACUGUAAUCUGUGAGCUGAGGUUCAAAGGAUUUAAAUGACCUGCAGUGUAAAAGACCACUCCUAUCAGUAGACAUUUGGUUAUAGGAAGUUACAAUGUCCAACCACAAACGGCAUUUACCAGCCCGAGUUACAAAAGCAAAAGGAAAGAACAACAGCACUACGAUCGAAAAAUUUAGAGGGUGCAAUAGAGACGCAUUGCACAAUAAGGAACUGAUUGCGCAUCUAAUGGCGAUAAAUGAAACCGGUGUUUGUUGAAAAUAAUAUAUUUUGUUAGGCUUGCCUCAUCCUAGUUUAACAGUAAGAAUUGCUUUUGGAACAUUAGUAUAUAAAUAUUGUAGAAAUAUCAGAUUCUAUCCUGUUUUGAAAUAUGAUACCUUCUCAGUAUAUACUUACAUAAUUGUAACUUUGGCUACCUGGUAAGCAAGUUUAUCGAUCAAAACGGCUUUACUUUUCACGAAGGGUAUUUUUUUGGAGCAAUUUUCAAUUGUGACUCGAAAGUAAUCCGCAAAAGCUUUGGUUUUACUUUAUUAGACUCGUGUCAUGCUCUAAACCAAUCAACCGCUAAGCGAAAUCCAGUCAUCACUUGGUCGCCCGCGUUUCCCGCGCUUUUGGCGUUUGCUUAAUUUUCACUUUGAGUCUUUAUUGGCUAAUGAUGACGCAAACCUUCCCUAUGAUUGGCUGAUGUGAUUACUCCGGUUUUGGUUUUACGACAGUCAAUCCAAGCUGCCCUAAUUUGCGAACUUACAUUAAGACUGAAUUCAACGUUUUUUUCGAGUGGAAAACCAUUUUUUUUUUUUCUUUUUUUCAUAUCCUAAGCUGAAGUAACUUUUCUUUAUCUGUAAUUUGUAAUUAGCAUCACUGUAAUAAACAAACCCGUACAA